CAAUAUCAAGUUUUUAGUUCGGCAUCUUCUUGAGAAGGCUAUGGACUCAGUGACUAGACGAAAUUCAGAUGGCUUCUUAGUUGACGAGUUAUUGGAAAGUUUAUCGAAAUUGUCCAAAAAUUCUAACAAUGCGAUUGAAAUGUUGAAGCUGGGAAUUAUUGAAGACUGCUUCAAAGUACUCAAAGACAAUUCAAAUAGCUUAACACUAUGUGAAAAAUCAAUUCAACCGGAAGUUAAAUGGUCCCUGCAUCUUGUUUGGUCACUUAGUUUCUUAAAAGAAGGUCGUGAAAAACUUAAAAAUCACAAAAUUGUAGAAUUGAUCGAAAAAGCAUCCAAAAGUGGAAAAAAAACAGAUAUCUCUUGUGCAGCUGAGGGAAUUCUCUGGGAACUGGACAUGGUUAAGCACGAAAGUAGUUCAAAAAAGAGCGCAAAAGAGAAACAUAUAAUGAUCAGCUACUGUUGGAAGCAGCAAGAUAUAGCUCAGAAGAUUUUAGAGGGUCUGAGAAAGCGAGGAAAGAAAGUGUGGAUAGACCGUGAGCAAAUGCAAGGGGACAUGCUGGAGCAAAUGGCGAAUGCAGUUAUGGACUCCGAAGUUGUGGUUUGCUGCGUCUCUGAGGAUUACAGCAACAGUCUGCCAUGUCGACAAGAGGCAAAGUACGCUAACAGGAAGAAAAAGAAAAUUGUGUUCGCGCACGUUCAAGCUGAUUUCCAACCUCAAGGAUGGUUGGAUAUCAUCAUGGAACAAGAUAUCUAUUACCACCUCUAUGACGAGAAAGACUUCUCUUCUGAAUUUAAAAAACUCAUAAGUUAUAUUGAGAAGUUAUGCACAAACGUUGAUGAAACCGAUUCUCCAGUUGCUGAAAGCAAGCAAAACAAUCUCAACUCAAAUCCGAGCUUCCCAAAGAGCGAAGACGCAAAGUUCAACCAAUGGACUGCAGAUGAGGUGAAAGAGUGGUUAGUUGGAAUUGGGUUCCAGCGAUCAAAGUUGAAAAAUUCAGCGCUGGGGUCGCUGACAGGGAGGAAUUUGACAGAGUUGAAAAAUUGGCAAUUGACAGCGCCACAGUUUUUUCUCGAAUUUCUUCAGAAAAAUCUGAAAAUCAACGACUCCAAAAUAAUGAUUGAAUUCAGUGAUGCUGUGAGAAAUUUGUAAUUGAACACUGGGCCUCAUUUUAUCAUUUUGAAUACCAAUGAUAGCUAUUAACCUUCGUAAUAACUCUGAAAUGGAAUUAAGUUGAUACGUAUAUAAUCUGUAAAU